GCGUCAAUUCAACUCAAACUCAAACUCGAAUUGGAGCCUUCUCGAUUCAGACGCCGCGGAGGUGGUCUCCGUUGCCUGCUGGGUCAAAUAAUUACGAGUAGUAUACAGAGCGGGCGAGCAGAGGAUUUCGAGGGUACCAUCAUGGGGAUGCUCAACCGGCUCCUGCCCGCGCGGAAGGAUCGCCGCCGCCGGAAAAUCCGACCCCGUCGUAUGUCGAUUGCUUCUCUGUCUGGCAAAAAGCGCUCGAUCUGUCAUCCCCAAUGUGGCAAAACAACGCGAUGUCCAGUGCCGGACCUUCCACAGGGCAUCUGGGAUGAUAUAUUGGCACUGCUGCCACUGCAAGACGCUGCCAGAGCUGGCUGUGUGUCUCACACAUUACUAAGCUCCUUGAGAUGCCGUCCCGACCUCACCUUCAGCAAUGAAACACUGGGCCUGGAUGGAAAUGUGUAUGGAAGCAAUAAACUUGCAAGGAUUUUGCUCAAGAGAGUUGACCGCAUCAUGAAAAAACACCCAGGCAUUGGAGUGAAGAAAUUUGAACUUCACUAUGGUGGUUCUUCCCUCAAAUCUAGUUAUCUCGACAUGUGGCUUCAAACUGCAGUUACUCCAGGGAUCGAAGAAGUCAUACUUUUGGUGCCGGAACAACCCAACGAAACGACUUCAGUACGCCCAUCUUACAUGGCAAAUUCCGCUGCCUCAAGAACUUAGAGAUUGAUUUUGACCAUGAAGGACAGGGGGGCUUUUCUCCAGGCUAUGAUUAUUUUUCUCUAGUUAAUUUUCUGGACGCUUGUCCUCUCCUGGAGACUUUUGUUUUGGGUGUAUCGCAGAGGAACGUAGAGCAUGAAUUGAUAUCUAAAGACUCAGUGUUGAGACGGAUGCCAGGACAUCACCAUGGCAACAUCAAGGAUGUGACCAUCAUAGGCUUCCGUGCAGCAAAGAGCAUGGUCGAACUAACUUGCCAUAUUCUUGAGAAUGCAACAUUACUCGAGUGUCUCACUUUGGACGCGGUAUAUGAUAAUGGUAUUGAGGAGGCUGAUCGGUCUUGUGUCAACAAAAGUUACAAGUGCAGCCCUCUGAUUGGCAAGCGGAUGAUUGCUCAAGCCCACAAAGGCCUCUGGGCCAUUGGAAGAUAUGUUGCAGACAAA